UGCGUCUUCCCCGGAAAUCCACAACAUCACCGUCUUACUUACCGUCGGCAGCUUCUCUGGCUGCAAGAUCCAAAAUGUCCUACUACUUCACCAUCCUCUCGCCCACCGACGUCCCCCUCUUCAACAUCGCCUUCGGCACCUCCAAAUCCGGCGGCGAUGGCAUCGCCCGCUUCCGCUUCCCGGACACCGCCCAGUACAUGAACCAGUUCAUCAUCCACUCGAGCUUGGAUAUGGUCGAGGAGGCGCAGUGGAUGAAUGGGAAUAUGUACCUCAAACACAUCGACACCUACCCCCCAGCCUCGGCCUACAUCUCCGCCUUCCUCACCCCAUCCGGCGCCCGCUUCCUGCUGCUGCACCAGCCGCCCAACGCCGCAGGCCCCAACGCGAACGCCGGUAGUGGCAUCACGGGAAGCUCGAUCCUGGGCGGCUCGUUCUCGGCGGGCUCGUCGUCGGCGCGCGCCUCGGCCAGCUCCAUCGCCGCCAACCCCACCAGCCCCCAGACCGAGGAGGCCGUGCGCCAGUUCAUGACCGAGGUCUAUGAGAACUACGUCAAGACGGUCAUGAAUCCGUUCUAUCGGCAGGGGAUGGAGAUCCGGAGUGCCGUGUUUCGGUCGAGGGUUACGGCGGCGGGACGGAAGUGGUUGUGAUUCUUUUUCCGGUUGUUCAAGGGGGGGGUUGGUAAGAGGUGGAGGGAUUAGAUGUGUUGGUUGCGGGUGUUGGCGUUGGGUUCUAUUGUUUUUCUGCUUGAUGAUACCAGGGCUUAUUUGCCAUGUAGAUAUAACUUUUCAUUAAUCUCCCUGAACGGUGACUUCGUCAUCGACCACCGAUGGCAUCAUAAAUCAUGGUCGUAUUCGUCGUUAUUGCUAUC